AUGUGGAGUCCUGUGGUGAUGGUGAAACUUGCCGUGACUAGAUUAUGGGAAUAUGUGGAGGUUCGGUUGCAGUGUAGGAGGAUGUUUUGCACUAAAAGCUCUACAUCUUCUCAAUCAUGGAUCCCUUCAUUACCUGGGCUAAUUAAAUGUAAUGUAGAUGCUUGUUUUUCAGUGGAAUCCUCUGUCGGUGAAGGGGGUGCAAUCUUUCGCGACUAUUCUAGUUCCAUAAUUCAAUUAGUGGUCUUUAAACCAUUUCCUUCAUCUUCAGUAUUGGUAACGGAAGCUGUUUGUCUUAGACGUGCCAUUUCUUGGGCUAAAUCACUGCAUUUCCUAAAUGUGUGCUUUGAAUCAGAUGCAAAGCUGCUUGUUGAUGCUGUGGCUGAUGAUGGGAAUUGCUCUAUCAAAAUUGCAUCACUUAUCUUUGAUAUCAAAAAAGCGUUAAAGGUCUUUCCCUCUGCUACAGUGUCCCAUGUUAGGCGAGCUGGGAAUAGGGUGGCUCAUGCUCUUGCAUCUUUAUCUUGGGAUCCAAUGGAUUCCGAUUGGAUUCUUCCUUCUGUGCCACCUUCAAUUCUUGAUCUUGCUGCUCAGUAA